GGGUUUUUCCGUUGUUCUUUCUGGUGUGAGUUUGAAACCUUUUUUAUUUCUUUUUGCAAUUUGUGAUUAUGUGAAUCUGUUUUCAUUUUUGUUGAUACUUAGAUUUUUUAUACUACGAUUAGUUUUCUUGGGAAUUUUAUGCCUCACAUAACGUAACCUAAAAACAAAAAAAUUAACUUCACCAACUAUAAACUUUUGGUUUAUUAUUGUUCAGCUCAAGCCCAGGUAAAGAAGGAGGAUUAUAUCAAAAGUUCUUUUAAAGGCUCCCGACUUUUUAGUUUGCUUGGGGGAGUUGGGGGCCUCCAACAACGUUGAGCCACCCUGAUUGUCUUGUCUCAAUAAGUUACAAAACAAUAGUUUCUAGCAUUCCUACUAUAAACAAUGCAUAAAACAGUUAAAUAUUAAUAUUUUGCUGAUCAUUUUCUUAUCACCUAUGAAGACUUUAACUUGUGUUAUGACUUGAUCCCCUUCUGAUUCAUUCCCACACACACAAAUCAUGAUUCAGUUUCUACCAAUUCCCCACUUGAUCAUCAUCUCAUACGUUGUUUGGAUUCUUUACAGGAUCCUGAAACAUAAAACAAACAAAGUCAACCUUCCACCUGGAAGCUUCGGAUGGCCAAUUCUCGGAGAAUCUCUGUCACUGCUUCGAGCCGGAUUAGAUGGAGUUCCCGAGAGAUUCGAUCAGGAACGGGUUGAGAAACACGGAAGUUCUCAAGUGUUCAAGACGUCGUUGUUUGGCAACCGUGUGGCUGUGUUGUGUGGUCCUGCGGGUAACAAGUUCCUGUUUGGGAACGAGAACAAGCUGGUGGCCGUGUGGUGGCCGUAUUCGUUGAGGAAGCUUUUCGGGAAGUGUUUGGUUACGAGUCAUGGCGAGGAAGCAAAGUGGAUGAGGAAGAUGAUGUUGUCGUAUCUUGGUCCCGAUGCUUUUGCCACUCGCUAUGCUGCCACCAUGGAUGUUGUUACUCGUAGGCAUAUACAAGUUCAUUGGCGAGGAAAGGAAGAGGUGAAAGUACACCAAACCGUUAAAUUAUACGCCUUUGAGCUUGCUUGUCGUUUAUUCAUGAGCCUAGAGGAGCCAAACCACAUUGCAAAACUCUCUUCCUUAUUCAACAUUUUCUUGCAAGGCAUCAUUGGGAUACCCAUAGACUUCCCAGGCACACGCUUUCAUAGCUCGAAAAAAGCUGCAUCGGCGAUUAGGACCGAACUCUUGACGAUUAUCAAAGAAAGAAGAGUGGAAAUGGAAGAAGGAAAGGCAUCAUCUUCACAAGAUCUCUUAUCACAUUUGCUUACAUCUUCAGACGAAAAUGGCAGGUAUUUAACUGAAAUGGAGAUUGCAAAUAACAUCUUGAUACUACUAUUUGCCGGUUAUGACACAUCCACUGUUACUAUCACAUUGCUCAUCAAAAGACUCGGCGAACACCCUCAUGUUUAUGACAAGGUGUUGAAAGAACAAUUGGAGAUUUCUAAGGCAAAAGAAGUAGGUGAGUUGUUGAAAUGGGAGGACUUACAAAAAAUGAAAUACUCUUGGAAUGUUAUAUCUGAAGUCAUGAGGCUAAAUCCACCCACCAUCGGAGCCUUUAGAGAGGCCUUGGUGGAUUUUGAAUAUGCAGGUUACACCAUACCCAAAGGAUGGAAGGUAUAUUGGAGUGCUGCAGGGACACAUAAAGACAAGGCUAACUUUGAAGAUCCGACACGGUUUGAUCCAUCAAGGUUUGAGGGUUCAGGGCCAGCACCGUUCACAUUUGUGCCAUUUGGAGGGGGUCCUAGGAUGUGUCUAGGGAAAGAGUUUUCGCGAUUAGAAGUACUUACAUUCCUUCAUAACAUUAUCACCAAUUUCAAAUGGGAUUUGUCGAUACCCGAUGAGAAAAUCAAAUACAUUCCCAUGGCUAUACCCGAAAAAGGGCUUCCGGUUCUUCUCCACCCUCAUCAAGUUUGAUCAAUCUCAGUAUGUAUACAUUGUAAUGAACCUUGAUGAUGGAAACUUUCUCAGAAGAUGCAUCCGGGUUUGGAUUUUAAUGCAUGAAGGAUUACACUUGUAUAAAUGCAAGUGUUCAAAACGCAUAUUAUGUACUAUAGUUUGGUUUUGA